AAGUGGGUUUCAGAUGCAACAUGCAAAGGAAAUGAUGAAUGAAUCCUUAAGACUAACGAAAAGUAAAUAUUACCCUUAGCUUAUAACAUGUGCAUAAACUCUACCUUACUGAAAUUAGGAGAUUAGUGUUAGGAAAGAUGAACAGAAAGGCUAAAAGUUCAUAUUUCUUCUACCUGUGCAAGAUAACAGGAAAACGGAUACUUCUUCCUCGAUCAAGAUUCAAGACAUUACACCUAAUUAGCAAUAUAACUACAUUACACCUAAAUAGCAAUAUAACUCUUUAAAUAGGUCAGGUAUAAUGUAAUAUUCUACAUCUGAAACUAGAGACAUCCGCAAGCAGUAAAAUAACUUGCUAGGAAUUCCCCCACCUCCCAAACCAACAAUAAAUAAAUAAAAAUGAAAGACAACAUAAGAUUCACUUCUUUUACUACCAAUCCAUGACUCAAUUUAUUUCAGCAAUACAGCACAAGUGAAAAGAUGGAAGAAGUUAAGUUGGAUUUAGACAGCACAAGUGAAAAGAUGGAAGAAGUUAAGUUGGAUUUAGACAAACGUGUGAUUUAAAACACCAGGGAAGGUAAGUUGGGUUUAGACAACCGUGAACAAUGUGUAUACAUAAAUCAUUCUUAUCAUUCCAAUUAUAAUAGGGAUGCCCCCAAAAUGGAUAUGCACAAAUACAGAUACAGGUCAAAUGUCACUUUCUAUUAGUUUUUUUUUUAUUGAGGAGUAUUCAUUUGACUUUGCUUAAACACUGUAGAAUUAGCAUAAGAGACAUCAUCAACGUGAAAAACAUCCACAAAGAACAAAAAAGAUUUCAUUUUUAUCAAUAUUGUUUUGUGUUUCUUGCUGGUUAUUCUUUCCCCACAUUCUCAAUCAAAUCAAGAUUCCAUUUAUAUCAAUCUUUUUUGUAUUGGGUUGGAUUGAAUUGUAUUCUUGGUUGGGAUUGUUUUACUGGUCCGUCUGUCCCCCAAUAAUUAAUUCUCGCUGACCACGUCCUAUAGGAUCAUCGAAUCAAUAGCAAUAAACCCGGAUUGAAGAGACUCAUAUGACAAUGGGGUUUAUGACAAACGAAGCAAGCUCAUCAUCCCAUGCACUAAUAAUCCCUGGAGAGGAUGUACCAUUUUUGGGGCAAAAGCAACAGCUUUCUUCUCCUUUAAAGACUUUUGCUAAUAUUUUCAUGUCUCUAGUUGGUGCAGGAGUUCUUGGACUUCCAUAUACAUUCAAGAAAACAGGAUGGGUAAUGGGCUCUCUCUUGAUCAUCUCAGUAGCCACUCUUGCUUAUUACUGUAUGAUGCUUCUUGUUUAUUCAAAGCGUAAGCUUGAAUCACAAUUUGAAGCUGUCAGAAUCUCAUCUUUUGGUGAUUUGGGAUUUGCUGUGUGUGGACCUGUCGGUCGCAUUGUUGUUGAUGCUAUGAUUGUCCUCUCCCAGGCAUGUUUUUCAGUGGGAUAUAUGAUUUUCAUAGCUAAUACUUUAGUAUACCUGUUCAAUUCUUCUGGAGCACAAACAAAUCCCAAAAUCUUGGGAUUUUCGCCUAAAUCAAUGUAUAUAUGGGGUUGUUUCCCAUUUCAGUUGGGGUUGAAUUCAAUUCCAACACUGACCCUUUUAGCCCCUUUGAGUAUUUUUGCUGAAAUUGUUGAUUUAGGAGCUUUGGGUGUAGUGAUGGUUGAAGAUGUGAUGAUUGGUAUCAAGAAUAGGCCUAGUUUAGAAAUGUUUGGUGGAUUCAGCGUAUUGUUUUAUGGUCUUGGUGUGGCUAUUUAUGCUUUUGAAGCUAUGGGAAUGGUUUUGCCUCUGGAAUCUGAGACAAGAGACAAAGACGAAUUUGGAAAAAUAUUGGGUUUGUCAAUGGCCUUUGUAACAUUUGUAUAUAGUGCUUUUGGAGCAUUGGGUUACUUUGCCUUUGGAGAAGAGACCAAGGAUAUAAUCACUACUAAUUUUGGGCAGGGACUGGUUAGCAGCCUGGUACAGAUUGGCCUUUGCAUAGACCUCUUCUUGGCUUUGCCAUUGAUGAUGAAUCCAGUUUAUGAAGUGAUGGAAAGGAGAUUCUGUGAAGGCAGAUACUGCUUGUGGCUGAGAUGGCUUGUCAUUUUGACAGUCCCUUUUGUGGCAUUGACAGCACCCAAUUUUGCUGAUUUCACAUCACUUGUUGGGAGCAGUGUUUGUGUUGUUUUGGGGUUUGUGUUGCCUGCUUUGUUUCACUUGAUUGCCUUUAAAGAUGAGCUUGGCUGGUAUAGUUUGGCUUUGGAUGCUGCAUUUAUCGUCAUGGGCACAGGUUUUGCCGUCUAUGGAACCUCUUCUUCCCUGAUUAAGAUCUUUUCACAAGUGGCUUAGUUAUUUCUCUGUUUUUUAUGUGAACAGAUUUUCAGAAGAUGCAUAUUAUGCACCUUCGGUCAAUCUAUUGAGUGUUUGCUCUUCAAUAGGUGAUUAACAAGGUUCACCUUUGUUUUUUCAUACUGGUGAUAAAUUUGUCAAGUUACCCUUGCCGAUGAUAAA